GCCCCAUGUUUUUACAGUGCAGAUUAACCCUGCAGAAAGAAAUAACUUGCGGAAGUGGUGGUCGUCCAUGCUCGUGAAAAGAGGCCCUGUAGUUGGUGUUUGCUAACUAUGAUCUUUGAGUUUACUGGAUAAUUACCUAGCUGCAUUUUACGCGCAUAAGUGUAGUUAAAUUGAAGUCCAUUAUGGCUGGAAGUCGACUUGAAAAAUUCGGAACAGUGUUCACGCGAGUCAGAGAUCUUAUGCGUUCUGGAGUUGUCAAACAGUCUGACAAGCCCAUUUGGUAUGAUGUAUACAAGGCCUUUCCACCCAAGAAAGACCCACUUUAUGUCAGACCAGUGGCCAAGAUCUAUGGGAAGAAAGAAGAGGCUGUGCCUGACAUCUUCUACAGAGAGGAUGAAAUCAGAGCGAAAUUCUAUGAGGUGUAUGGAACAGGGCCCAGAGCUUUUGAUCUCACCAAAUCCAACUUUGUUUCAACAUGCCAAAGGUUUGUGGAGAAGUAUACAGAGUUAGAGAGCUGGGGAGAGCUGGAUAAACAGUCCCUGUUUGAGGAGACUGGGAAAGCUCUCCUUGCUGAGGGCUUAGUAUUAAGGAGGAGGGGUGGUCCUGUGGUGGCGUCAGCGACCAGGGAUCCAGUGUUGGGCAUGAAGCUGACUGACAUGCUGGCGGAACUGCAGGCUGAUGCACCUGGCGAAACACCGACACCAGGAGAAGAGACACAAGCACCAGUGACUCCACAGUAGGCCUCUGCAACAUGGCUUCAACCACACUCUUCACCUAGAUGGAACCCACAGGAGGUUGGUGGCAACUUGAGGGGGGGGCUUGUGGUAAUGGCUGGAGCUUAUUAAGUGGAAUGUUCUCUAAUACAUCAAACACAUGGUUUCCAUGUGUGUAAUGCCAUUCCAUUUGCUCCGAUCCAGGCAUUAUGAGCCGUCCUCCCCUCAGCAGCCUUUACUGAUGGAACCAACCAUCCACCUCCACUGACUAAAAAGGGACUUUCAGUAUCUGUCCAACACUAGACUGAUACUUCUCAGUCCAGACUUUCUGAACAAUGGAUCAACAAGAAAGACUUCUUGUUUAGUGUUUCUGGGUGGGCCUGGGCAGCUUUCACAACCCUCUAUCUUGACUGCAGGUUUUUGACUGGUAAUGUGUAGGAUUCCAAGUUAUUGUACAUUUCUGGUCUGGAACCUUGUAAGACUGAUGUUAUGCAUAAGGCUGUAAAUGCAUAUUCAGUGUGUGUAAUAUAUACUGUGUGUCCUACUGAACUCUUGAGUAUUCACUUGCAAGAUGAUGCUUACGUUGCAGUGUGCUUUGACUUUCGACAGGCCACCCCUGUUGAUAGGUGACAUCGCUGUGAUUAUCGAUUGGCACCGAGUGAUCAGUAAAGUAAUUAUAUAUAUUCUAGAA